AUGUCUCAUCUAAAGCAAGGCAUUUCAGAAGACAUGGCUAUGAAAUAUAAAAUGGAGGGCUGUGUCAAUGGACACCCCUUUACGAUCACAGGAGUUGGAAACGGAAACCCUUACGAAGGGAAACAGAAUGCCAAUUUUGAGGUCCAAAGGGGACCCCUUCCAUUCUCCUUUGACAUACUGUCGUCAGCAUUUAUGUAUGGAAACAGAUGCUUCACUAAGUAUCCUGCCAACAUACCUGACUAUUUCAAGCAAGCCUUUCCAGCUGGAAUGUCAUACGAAAGGACAUUCAUGUUUGAAGAUGGCGCAGUGGCUACAGCCAGUGGUGAAAUUAGGUAUAGAAGCCAUUUCUUUUAUGAAAAUUCCAUCUAUCAUGGCCUAAACAUCUUCGCUGAUGGACCCAUAAUGAAAAAAUGA